GCUGCACUUCGCAGUAUCGGUUCAUUCCAUAUAACUCAUGAUCAUAUCGCCUUCAAUUAUCCUCCAGAUUCUAUCCAUCGUGAUAUUAUAUUCCGUAGAAUUGAAUUGAAUAAACCUGGUGUGUAUACAAACUUUGAAAUACGCCUAUUAUCCCGUGAAGGCAGUAUCUCUUCACCGCAUUUAAUGGCUGUUGAGUUGUCUGUUUGGCGUUCACCAAGUUUAUCUACCAUUUUAUCCUCUGUAUCCAGCCAUCCUGAUGGGGUGGAUACGCGUAAAUCACCGUCAUCAUCGUCAUCGUCAUCACUGGCAUCGUCAUCAUCAAAAGAGGCGGGGUACAGUGAUUAUUCAGUUCAACAAGAUAUCGAUUUUUUUGUUAAACUAGAAACUGAUGCCUUGAAUACUUCAGUGUAUGUCUGUCCAGCUGCGUGUCAUUCACCGCCAAUUCCAGUCACGUAA